AGAUUCUAGAAGUGAUUUGAUUGAUUUCUAUUAAUGCCUCUUACCAAAAUCAACUGUUAGUUUCUAAAAACCAAUCAAACUAUGCAGUUUUAUAUUACCAGCCUGCUAAUAUGCGUAUUAUUAGGCAUAGUUCGUUUCGCAAGUGCUGGCACAUACAGUUCAAGCUAUGAGGCCCAUAGGAAUUAUUUGCUUAACAUCUUUCACAAUCCAUUAGUGAAUGACUCUAUUAAGGAAAGAAAUAUUCCGGAGCUAAUCGCUUUUUAUCAUCGCUAUCCCACAGACGUUCCUCUAUCCGACGCAGACAGGCAACAAUUUGAAAGGUUUAUUCAUGACUACAGGGAGUACCGGAGAGUUUUGAUUGAUGGUGUUCCGCCCCAAGGAGGAACAAUUGGAAACGUAUUCGGGCACUUCCUGGGCAGAGUCGGAACGCGGUAUAUUUCGUCUCUGUUUAAUAAGAAAAGGGAGGAAGGUCUAUCCACACAUGCCAAAAAUUCCACUACACCGCCUUCAAGAAUUCAAAACAUAACUAAUUAAUCGUGAUUUACAACAAAUCGUGCCUCAUUUACUUUCAUGCUAUUGAUACGUUCUGGAUCUUAGAGGUGUUGGAACUCUCAUGGGAAAAGUCAGAUGUAAUUUGUUUAUGGUUUGAAAAACUAUAAAAAUCGAUCUAUAAAUAAACUAGUCAAUAACA